UCUCGCGUGUCAAAUUAUAAUGAUGAUUUUGUGUAUACUGUUUAUUGUGUUUUGAAUUUAAAUUUUGAACUACAGAGAUCGUGAACAUAAUUUAAUAAUUACACGUAAUACUUAUUAUAGUUGAUACUUCAGUUCGUUCAAUGCCAAGUUAUUAUCAUUAGUUAGAACUAUAUAGGAUUUAAAAUGAAAGAAAUAUUUCAAUUACCUGAUACUUUGCCUAUAUUCUAUGAAUCCGAUUCAUCCGAAAAAGUGUUAAUCGAGUUCAACGGCGAAGACGUUUUGUACAUCAUCGGGACUGUUGAUGUCAGCGUUUUGGAAGGCAAGAUAGAAACAUGGGGUUACACAAUGACCGUGGACACUCCAAAGACUGCAUUGUAUUCGUUAGGAUUGCAUGGAUUGAUUUCUAUUACAUCGGCCAAUAGACAGAAAGCAGUUGUUAUACUUGAGAAGAGCAGCCAAACCAACAAAUGGAAAACAUUUAUGAAUAAAUAUGUUCCAAGUUUUAAUAUGUGUGACAUAAAUGGAACUAGAUUAACUCCACCUAAACAUUUACUAGAACUAGAAGAGCAAUUAGGUUGUUGGUUUGAUUUGAGCAAAACUCCAAUGUCAAAUCAAAGACUUGUAAUUGAUGAACAAUGUCGAGGUUUCUGUGAUGAACUUCUUGAUCGUCCUAUUGAUUUAGGACCAAUUAGAGUUUUGUUGGCUGGAUACAAAAAUUCUGGAAAAUCAACAAUGAUGCGUUAUUUCAUAAAUAAAUGCCUUAAAAAAUGGGACAAAAUAUUAGUAUUGGACUUCGAUAUUGGACAAAGUGAAUUUUCCAUACCUGGAUGUAUUUCAGCAUUUAUAAUUGAUAAACCGUUGCUUGGACCAAAUUUUACACAUUUAAUGCAACCCUUAAAAUCGUAUUUUUUUGAGAGCAAUGAUGUUAUGACCAAUAUACCGCUUUACAAUGAAAUUGUUAAAAAAAUAGUCAAUGAUACCAAAACAAAUGAUUUGCAUCAAAUACCAUGUUUUAUAAACACCAUGGGAUUUGUUGAAGGAGCAGGCCUCAAGAUCUUACAUAAUCUCAUAUCUAAAACUAAACCAUCUGAUGUAGUACAGAUUAAGUUCAAUGACAAUCAAGAUUUAAACUUGCACUCAGAAAUUAUAAACGAUAGUACAAGAUCUUCUUUGUCAUAUAAUCUUUGGUAUUUUACGUCUACUGUUAAAAAUAAAUUUGCUAAGGCACCUUAUCUACCAAAUAUUAACAAGUGCAUAAGACAACAAUUGGUAACAGCAUCAUACUUCAGUAAAUGUUUGGAAAGUACAGAUAUUUAUUUUAACGACAUUGUCCCUUAUAGAAUUAAUAUCCGUAAUAUUAAUAUCCAAAUAAAGAAUAUUGAUGAAUUAACUCAAGAUGAAUCCUUAGAUAUAAUAAAUGCUAAUGUGAUUGCUCUGUGUGUAGCCAACCAUACUAACUUAUGUGAAUGUGUUGGAUUCGGUGUUGUUCGUAUUGUUAAUAAAUCUACAGGCGACAUAUAUAUAACUACUCCUGUAACACCAGAUAUACUAAAACACGUCAAUCAAUUCAGACUUGGUAAUGUUAAUUUGCCAUACACAUUUUAUACGGAAGGUACACAAAAUCCAAAAUAUGUUUGUAUAAAGCAGGACAACAUAUUAAAUGAGAAUGUUACCAGACAUUAUAAAGUGAUGUAAUGAAUAUUUUAAUAAUAAUUGUUCCUUAUCAAUAUUGAAAAUAAUAAAAAAAAA